GAGGUUCCUCACUAAAGGAAGCGGCCGGUUGACGUAGUCCGAGCAGCUACUGCACGCCGUCUUCAAUUUCCACCUCAAUUCACAAAUCUCGGUCACAAUGAACACGAUCCGAUCUACCUGGAUAGGCUGGGGCACCCUUUGCGUCGCUGGCGGCGGAGCCUACUACUUUGCUAAAAAGUCCAUCAACGCCGACCGUGCCAACCGAUAUGAGGCGGAAGUGAAGCGUAAAGCGCAGCUGGCUGCGAUGGAAGCCGAACACCGACGCCAGACAGCCCUCGCCAACCCGGCUCCCAAUCCGUCCGAAGACCCGAGCCUGAAGCGGGCAAACCUGGCGCGUCUCCAUAGCGCAUCCGACGAUGUGGCCUCUCCGAGCGCAGAAGCCAGCCACGACCCUGCGCCGACUCGUCACGAACCGGAAACCGAAACCGAACGGGAGUUGGAGAAGAGCAAAUACGAGGCCACACAGCCUUUCCGGCCUCCUCGGGGCAACCGCUUGUAGGUGGAAUGGAGGGUGCACGUGCCGGAAGGAUUCCAGGCGAUGACAAGACCAUGUUGUGACAUAUUCGUGUAUCAUAGUUUCUGAGCUGCAGGUCCAGAUAUCACCUGCUUUGAAUUCUCCGUCUGCGGGGUGACCUCUUCGAAGUAGUUGCAAAACUGGGGUUAGAUAAGCUCUUACUUGUAUGGCUGCGAUCUAGUGAAUGUCGAUCCACCUACGC